UGUCUGCAGCGACGAUUUUGAUAUUCACCAGAAGCCCGCAUCUCAAAGGCUUCAGUUUCGUAUCAGCCGUUUUUUUAUUGUCUUUUUUCCUCCUUGGCUGUCUGGGCGGUUUGUUGGGAAGCUGUCCUUUUUACAGAAGACUCUGCUUGCAUCUAUCGAGAUCGUACAUACUAUAGUUCCUCCAGAGUCUGUGGGACUCCAACCGUCAAGAUGGUGAACAUCACGGAAAAGAUCAAGGAGAUUGAGGAUGAGAUGCGAAGGACGCAGAAGAACAAGGCAACAGAAUAUCACCUUGGUCUUCUGAAAGGAAAACUCGCAAGAUUAAGAGCCCAGCUUCUGGAGCCUACAGGAGGCGGCGGUGGUCCCGGUGUAGGAUUCGAUGUCAGCAAGAGUGGUGAUGCCCGAGUGGCUCUUGUUGGUUUCCCGUCCGUUGGUAAAUCGACAUUCUUGUCCAAGAUCACCAAGACCAAGAGUGAGGCUGCAGCAUACUCUUUCACCACUCUUACUGCCAUUCCAGGUGUGUUGGAAUAUGGAGGUGCAGAGAUCCAAAUUCUCGAUCUUCCUGGUAUUAUUGAAGGUGCCUCUGAGGGUAAGGGACGAGGGCGACAGGUUAUUUCUGCUGCUAAGACGAGUGACUUGAUUCUCAUGGUUCUUGACGCUACAAAGAAGGCUGAGCAAAAGGCACUCCUGGAGGCUGAAUUGGAUGCUGUUGGCAUUCGAUUGAACCGUGAACCUCCCAAUAUCUACUUAAAACCCAAGAAGGCUGGUGGCGCAAAGAUUACAUUCCAGACACCACCCAAGAACCUUGACGAGAAGAUGAUUUACAGUGUGCUCAAAGACUACAAGAUUCUGAACUGCGAGGUUCUGAUUCGAGAUGAGAAUGCAACGAUUGAUGAUUUCAUUGAUGUUAUCAUGAAGGAUCACCGGAAAUAUAUCACAUGUCUCUACGUUUACAACAAGAUCGACGGUGUCAGCUUGGAUUUCCUGAACGAACUGGCCCAUGAGCCAUAUACCGCUGUGAUGAGUUGUGAACUAGAUCUUGGUGUUCAGGAUGUGGUAGACCGUAUUUGGACAGAACUCCGAUUGAUUCGAGUAUACACCAAACGGAAAGGAGAAGAACCCGACUUCUCAGAGGCAAUGAUUGUGCGAAGCAACUCAUCGAUUGAGGAUAUUUGUGAUAGCGUCCACCGAACACUGAAGGAGACGUUCAAAUACGCCUUGGUAUGGGGUGUGAGUGCCCGGCAUAUUGCCCAGCGCGUUGGACUUUCGCAUAUCGUUGCAGAUGAAGACGUGGUUUCGAUAGUUGCCAAAUAAGUAUCCUAGAAACACAACGAUAGUCUACCUGAGGAAUGAAAAUGAGCAAUGUCAUCUGUUUCAAGAAUCAUUUAAUGCCUCGCAAUGCCACAAUCCAUGCAUGAAAGGCUGGC